AAAGGCUUGUUAGCCGGAAAGCAGCCGCACUCAGGGCAGUGUUUAAAGUAUCUGCGGCGGGGACGGUAUGUGACAGUUUGGAGCACAGCUUCAGGUGACACGACACACAGCUACCGUACAGCCGUCACUGUACUGAUUUCUGCACCCAGGAAACGCUCUGACUUUGAAGUCAACUCUCACCUGCACCGACUGAAACGUCAUCACUGAAGAAAUGGCUCAUUCGAAACCACUGCUCAUCCCGUGGCUGCGGGAGCAGAUUAACAGCAACAAGUAUCCUGGUGUCCAGUGGACAAACCCAGAGCAAACAAAGUUCUGCAUCCCGUGGAAACACGCUUUGAGACAGGACUCCUCUAACACUGACAUUCUCAUCUUUAAGGCCUGGGCGGAGGUGAGCGGCAGCGGCCGGGCUAAUGGAGACCCCUCAGUCUGGAAGAGGAACUUCCGCAGCGCCUUACGAGCUAAAGGCUUCAAAAUGGUGGAUGACAACAAGAAUGAUGCCGCUAACCCCCAUAAAGUCUUUCAGUGGCCGGACGAGUCAACGUCAAAAGCUAACUCUUGUGCUGGAUCCCAGGAGCAAGAUGGGGCUGAUUUUUUUGCAGAUCUGGGCAUUUCCAUUCAAGAGACCCAAGACAUCCAGUGUUUAGAAGGAUGUCUCUUACUUCCAGAAGGCGCUGUGUUUUUGGCAGAAUCUGCUGCCAGCCCGGAUAUUCUCCAGGAGUGUCUCAGAGGAAUGAACAUCAGCCCUGAAGCAGAGGGCACCGCAGGCUUUGAGCCUCCUCCCGAGCAACAGCAGCUGCAGAAUCAGGUUGCGAUUGGUGGACACCCGUUGCCUGGGCAACAGCAGUAUCCAGUAAUGUAUGAGGGUGCAGUUACUGAAGCUGGGUUGCCUGAGCAACCAGCACAUCCAAUUGGGGGAGCUGAGGGAGGGGCCUAUGAUGAGCAGUUGGCGGCACAGUUCCUACAGACAAUGCAAAAGACCAGAGAUAAUUUCAAGACUCAAUUCAAGAUAUCUGUGUACUACAGAGGGGUGAAGGUUUUGGAGCAGAUGGUUGAGAAUGAGGCUGGAGUGCGCUUGGUCUACAGGACUGAUCUCAAUGGGACAGUUUUGGAUCGUGAGUCAGGCCUCACUAUAGUCUCCCUGCCAAGUCCCGGAGCCAUGGUGGAUCAAAACCAAGCCAGCCUCACCCAGCGGAUUCUGGACAUGCUGGGUGAUGGCUUGGAAGUUGGCGUGUCGGGCCAAGUGGUCUACAGCCAGCGACGGGGGGAAAGCAAAGCUUUCUGGAGCUUCUGCAAAUUUGACCAGAGCAGACAGCCCCAAGAGAUUUCUAAACUGUGUCCUCAAGCUCUUUACAAGUUCACGGACUUUGUGCGAGGAAUAAAGGACUUCAUUGAGGGGAAUGCUAAAGAGUGCGCUCCCUGCUCCCUGUUCUUCUGUAUUGGGGAAAAGUGGCCUGACCCACAAUGCAGGCCUUGGGAGAAAAAACUCAUCAUAGUGGAGGUGUGCCUGACUUCGAUGGAGUUACUCAAGAACAUAGCUGUUGAAAAUGGCGCCUCCUCCCUGAAGUCUGUGGAGCUGCAGGUGUCCCUGGGGGAGAUGAUGGAGUACUGAACAUUUGGAAGCAGUGGCUGUUUUGCUAUUUUGAGAUUUUUAAUCAUCUCAGUUAUGUUUGUGAAUAAUGUUUAAUAAUGACACUGGUGCUGUGUUGGUUUGUACUUCACCCGGGAUCAAACGGUCUGACUUAUACUGUAUGGAGAAUAAGUGUGCCCUGAUUUCUAUCUUAGGAUUUUAAAACAAGUCACAGGGACAUGAUCAGGGUUGUUACUGAAAAUCAAGAUCACAUUUUUACAGUAAUGAGCUGAUGUCACUCAGGUAAAGAGACAUGACUUUCACUCAUUUAACAUUUUGUGCACUCCUCCUCUUUUUAAUCUUCACUUUUCCUCUUCUAAACUGAGUCUUAAUGGCAGCCAAAGUGAAACACCACCCAUAAGCUGCAAGUCUUCCUGCUCAUGAACUUAUUUGUUAUAAUAAUCGGCCUAAUGCCGUGAAAUUAAUGUGUUAAGGGGUGAACAAGUGCAAGCUGGUAACAAACCCCCUGCUAAAGUGUAAUACAACAAAGUGAAAAUGGCAUUAGUGCCUUGAAUACAACAGAGCCACAGAUAAAAAUAAAUAUACAAGCUGAUUUUAGCAGUGCAGAUGUGGCCAGAGCAUCUGGAGCUUUUUUGACAUUUUUAGCUUAAUAUGAGGAACAUACACCUCAGCAGAUGUCAUGUGCUACGACACAUCAGCGUGCUGUGCAGAUAACCACACUGAUCGAUACUGGAGAUUAUUUGUUUUGAAAACUUUAUUGAAACAUUAAUGGGUAGCAUUCCUCUGCUGAAUCUACUACAUGAUCAAAAUGGCCUUUUCACCAUUGCGAUGUCACACGUAACUGUAUUGCUGCUCUACGCUGCCAGUCUGAGUCAAAAGAAGAAGAAGUGUGAAAUUACCUUUGUUUUUUUUGUCUAGGUUUUUCUUUUUUAAAAUAUCCUUUUUUGAAUUUAUUCUCUCUCAGCAUGACUCUGUUUGGUCGAGAACUACAUCGCUCUGUCUUUUUACACCACCCAUACAGACACAACACAUCUUUUCCACUGAUGAUCUGUACAAGUGAAAUGUUUACAAAGUAAUAUCGAUAAACUGAACAAACUGAUGAACAGAAA